UUUGAUCAAUACACUCCGUUUCCAUAACAACACAUACAUCUGAAUUUCAUUGAAAUAGUAUAUAGUAGGUGCUGAAGUGCAAUGUACGAUCACACUACUUCCGUAUUUAAUAAUACUUGUUUAAAAGUACCUAUACAUUCAAAAAUUGAUCAACCUCUUCCAAUGUAUGAACAAAAAUACAGAUACAAUUUAGAAAACGAGGCCAGGAGAUCUAGUUUGGAGUUGGAUGAAAUGCCUAAAAAAUUUCUAGACAAGGAAACGACAAAAUCAUUUUUGGAUUUCUUUAGUAACAUACCAGAAUAUGAUGAAAUCAAUCAUCUAUCUAACGAAGAAUUUUAUAAGAAGCUGGAAAAUUUAAAGGAAAAACAAAAGGUAUACCAAGAGUGCUUGCAAAACGAAAUUAAAUUUGAAUGUAAAGAUUCUGAGUGGAUUGAGGAUUACAAAAAUAUUAAACUUGGAGUCAAGAAUAUAAAAGACAGUAAGAAGAAGCCAACUCUCAAACCAUUUUGUGCAACUCCUAUUUUGAGCAACAGUCGUAAAACGAGUAGAAACUUUGAUAUGAGUUUCGAUUUUUCUUCGGGUAAAAAUACGCCGACCAAGCCACCAUCCAGAAGGUCUGUCAGGAUUGAAAGCCCUAGCGAGUCAUUCACACCAGAACCAAAUUUUAGGCCCAAAUCCAGGGUCAACUUGUGCUCUGCCGAGUUGAGAAAGGCUGGAAAUAUAACGGACUGGGAGGAUUUGAGCCUUGAAAAUUUAAAUCUAUGUUCUGGAAGUAACACUCCAGCACCAUUGGAGAUUAAAAGUGCACCAAACAGCCCCGUGAAGAGUAAGCUAAAUAAAGAAGGCUGGAGUGAUGCUGGCAUUACGAUUCCAAAACCAUUUCAGAUGACAGUCAGGGACGAAGAAAACAAAAUAGUUGAAGAGUUGUUCGUGAAAAUGAACAAGCCUAAGGAAGAAAAACCAGAACAGUUCAAGGCUCAUGAAAUUCCUAUCGAGUCUCAAAUACCUUUAUUUGAUAAAAUAAUGGAGGAUCAAGAAAGGAGGAGUUUCUUAACAAAGGAACGUAGAAAGGCAGAUCUUCAAGCACAAAUGAAACCCUUUUCAUUUACGAAAAGAGAUGAGGAGAUUCAGGAACUCACUAAGGAAUUAUCAAAAUCUUCACCGAAUCUUUAUUCGGAUCCACCACUGAAGAUAAAAAAAUUCAAAGCCAAACCAAUACCCAAAAACUUAUUUAGUAACUAUAUUUAUACGAAAAUGCACGAGGAUGAAUAUUACAGAGCUCUCCAGAAAAAAAUUAGAGCCGAAGAAAUGUUACGAGCAUCUUCCCUACCUCCAUCUAUGGCAAAACGUGAGAAGUCAUCAUCAAAAAUGGAAGUUUGUCCUCGUUCUUUUCGGGACUCUCCGAAAGAAGGAAAUAUUUUGAGGAAAUUGAAGAGCGUACCAAAUUUUAAGGCAUACCAUGAAAGAUUUGAGAAGGAAUUGGAGGAAUUGAAGAAUGAAUUCAUAUCUACGAGUCCAAGACCGUUCAAGCUCAAAACAUCUAGACGGAGGAAGCGAAACUACUCGGCUAGUAGUAGAAGUCCUUCAACAAAGACUCCAUCGCCUUCUUCUUGCAAUCUUUCCUCGGUUAGUAGAUCGAACCUAGCAGCGCUUUUGAGGAUACAGUCAGCAAGACAGAAACAGGAAACGGAGAUGAUGACGAAGUUAGAGGAGGCAAAAUUGAAGGAAGAAGCACGUUGGAGAGAAAAACUGAUGAGGAAGAAACCAGUAUGGGAGGCUUUGGCUUACAGUCACGAAGAAGAUUUAGCAAUGAGACUCCAACUGAGGAAGGAUGAAGAGAAAUUGAGAAACGAGGAACAUCGAAUGAGGAUGCAGCUAAUGUUAGGAAGGGUUAAUCAACAACCUACGUUAUUUGAAAGGCAAUGUCAGAUCAAAUAUCCAAAGACCAAGGAAGAACUCAUCAAACAACUUCACCAAGAGUAUGGAACUUCUAGAAAAAACACGAAAAGAAUAACGAGUGACUUAUCGGAUAUAAGAUCUCUGGUAGAGAUGAAAGAUGAAUCGAUUCAAGCACUUUUGGAAGAUGGCGAUUUUGAAACAAGAAAAGAGAGUGAAACUAUACCAGAAGAUAAAGAAAAAUGCGAUUGCUCCACAGAUGAAGACAAUGAACAUUCUAAUUGAGGUCUGCUUAUUAGACAUGUAGUUGAUUUGAAAUAGAAUUUGCAGAAAAGUUA